GGAGCGGUUUGGAGGUUAUGGGUGUUCAUAGCUUUAGUGAAAAUAUCUCCGAAACUCUUUGAAUGGACGGGAUUUCAAAUUAUUGAUCCAUCGGUUCAGAAGUUUUUCAUUACAGCCAUCACAUCCAUUGUCUCGAGACGUAAGUCAGAGAAAGUGCGACAAAGAGAUUAUCUUCAGCUCAUGAUUGACGCCCAGAACCGCAUGAAUACAAAUCAUGAAGAACUGGAUAUCGACGACUUGGAUGAAGAGAUUUAUGGCAAAAUACAGACCACGGAAACAUUAGAUAUUAAUAAUUCAAACAAAUCAAAGAGCACUGGUAUGUCUGAUACAGACCUUAUAGCCAAUAGUUUUCUAUUUCUUAUGGCCGCAUACGAAACUUCGGGUACUUUGCUUUCAUUUUUAUUCUACAAUCUGGCGGUCAAUGAGAAGUGUCAGCAAAAGCUGUACGAAGAAGUGAAUGGUUUGGACGGAAAGUAUGAUUACGAGAGUGUCUCCAAAAUGCCGUAUUUGGAGGCAUGUAUUGCCGAAACACUUCGACUCCAACCUCCACUUCCGGUCACUCAUAGGCACGCGUCUCAAGAAUAUAUUCUCGGUAAUAUACUUACAAUACCCAAGGGGAUGAUGGUCAUUUUUGAUAUCUAUGCCCUCCAUCACAAUUCCGAGUACUACCCAAACCCAGAGGUCUGGGAUCCCGAGAGGUUUAUGCCGGAGAAUAGGGACCAAUUGACUCCAUACACGUAUAUGCCGUUCGGGACGGGACCCCGAAAUUGUGUGGGAAUGAGGUUUGCAUUAAUGGAGGCCAAGACAGCCGUCGCCCAUUUGGUCCAUAAGUAU